UCAAUAAUUGAGAACUGAACCUGGGUUUCUCCAGUGCCAUUCCAUUACUUUAACCACUACAACACACCAUGGGUUUUGGUGAACAAACAAUUCUGAGCGAUGAGCUAUGUGUCUUUGGUAAUGUAGAUGAGAUUUAUGGUAUUUCUAUACAAAUAAAGUAUGUAUAUAGAGUACAAAAUAUGGCAGGAAAUUCAAUUUUAUUGUUAAAAUGUUUCUUGGGGUAAGAAAAAAUGGAAACACAAUACUUGAAACAAAAAUCAGUUCUCAGUAGUUCUUGUGAGCAAAAGUUUUGUGACGAUUAAGGAGCCAAAUGGUGAAAACAUUUCCAGUUUGAUUAAUUUGCCAGAGUGUAUGUGGCAAGUUAGCUCUUUCAUCUCCCAUACAGAACAGCUCACCUAAAAUUGGAUGGUCAGCUCUGUGCUGCUAGUGUUUAUAUUUUAAAAUACAUAGGCAAAUCAAUAAUCAAAGUUUCAGAACUUACAUAAUAUAUACUUUUAUUUUUGAAUAAAUUUCCCCAGCUUUUUCGCUUCAAGUGAUCCAUAAUUCUAAGUCCUUUAAUAGAGCAUUGGAGAAAAUGAGGGUUUUCUUUAAGGCUUUGAGCAAAAACGAGAGACUUUUCCUCAAUUCUGGUGUCCCAGUUUAAAUGUUUUCAAAUCUAUCUCAUAGUCUAAAUGGAAGUGGGCCUCUUUUAUCAUUGUCACUGUCUAGUUGGGUGCCCAUAAUGGUUAUUGGGCUUGAAAUAUGAAAGAGUUUUUCUUUCUUUUUUUAAGUACAAAAAUUACAGACAAUAGAGCCUGUUGGACAGCAAGUAUAUAGAAAGAUGUUCCAUGUCUUUCAAGGCAAGUAGAGAAGAUUGCAGGUCCCAUCCACUAGUCCAGCUCCAAUGGAUUUCUGUCCAUUGGUUUUGAGUAUUUGUUUCCAAAAUAAUAUUUGGAAAUUGUUGUAAAGGCAGGCUUAGUUUAACAAGUUUAAACUAACCUUAACAAGACUUUUAUUUUGUUGCUUUUUAAAGAACAUAUUGUCCAUUGAAAUCGAAUGACAUUAUAAUAUACAAAUCCGCAAAUCUGAUGAUGGCUGGAACACAAGUCAGGUUUGGAGAAGCUCCAGGUUGGGUUCUAUGAAAGUUUGCAGGCUGACUGGCUCAGCCCGUGUAACCUAAGCCUCUCGAUUAGCAUAAGGCUGAUUUGUUGCUUUCUUUCCUGCCCUUCAGUAGCUAUUCACCGUUUUCGGAGGGGAGGAGCAACAGCAGCAAGCAGCAGCAGGGGCAAAGCGAGCAGACGAUCCGCGGCUGAUUUUCGGAGAGAAAAACAUUUCGGACUAAUUUUGCAGUCCAAACGCUUUCGGGCUUUAGCUGCAGGCGCGAUUGACAGACAGACGUAAGCGUGCAUUCAGUGAAGGGAAGAGGAGAAUAACCUUGCCGGAGAGUAAGAGGGAGGAACGGCUGGCGAGGGAUGCUGCCGCUGCUGCAGGAACGCGAUGGAGAUGGGUGCCUCGGCCAUCUGCAGUGAAGGCGAUUGUUGCUGUUGUUGCUGUUGUUGCCGCCGCCACCACCGCUUGUAGGUUUAGACAACUGGAGUGCGCGAAGGAGGAAUAUGCGCGGCCAGGGCGGGAGGAGAGGCAGUGGGUGCUGCGAACGGGAAGAAUGGUUGCUGCAGCCAUGAUUUUUAGGCUGCCUCGAUGUUUUGCUUGGAUUCUGAUAGGUUGACGGAGGGAGGGGGGGAAAGCCAGCCUUUGGCCGCUGCCAGCCCUUCGGGCGAUUCAUAUGGCUUUACAGCUUGGAGGCUUCCUUGCUUUUCUUUUCGCAGCCUUCGGGGUCAGCCCUCCCAGGCCGAGCGCGCUGCCUGAUUUGCUUGGGCCUUGGGUGCCUCGGCUCACCGCUGGCUGAGCCCUUCCGCGCCGAAUCGAGCUAUUGUUUUGGAACCGCCGCGCUUCUUACACGCCGUCGAGGGCUCUGGUUUUCCGCCGCCGCCGCCUUCGAAGCCGCCCCAUUUGCCUUUCCUCCACAUGACUUGGGAUGGAAGCUGGUUGGAGUGCCCGUGAAGGGGGAUGCGUUAUGGGGCGUGCGUAACGCGGGCUCUUUCGCGGGAGGGAGACCAGGCACGGAGGAACCGCGAUGGACGAGGCAGGGACUCCAGGUUGUGCGCUGCGCUACCAGCCCGAGCACUGCCUGUGAGGAGGCUGAGAUAAAGCGAGCCGGGAGGCCUGCCUGGUUCAUGCCGCCGCCGCGGCUCGUGCGGAAUUAGCUUGCGGGGAGCCUCAACAUGAAGAAGACCCGAAGUAUCACCUUACGGCGAGCCUGGCCGAGCUCGGAUUUCUCUGACCGGGCUUCGGACCGCAUGAGGUCCCGCAGCGAGAAAGACUACCGCCUGCAUAAACAUUUCCCACCAGCGUUCCUCUCCCAGGCAUCACGGGGCUACAUGACAUCAGGUGAUGUAUCGCCAAUCAAUAUGUCACCCAUCAGUCAGUCACAAUUUAUUCCACUUGGAGAAAUCCUUUGCUUGGCCAUCUCAUCAAUGAAUGCAGCACGAAAACAAGUCACGCAAGAAGCUUUAAUAGAGCACCUAACAACCUGCUUUCCUGGUGUUCCAACUCCAAGUCCUGAAAUCCUUCGUCAUACCUUAAACAUGCUUGUACGAGAAAGAAAAAUAUACCCAACUCCAGAUGGUUACUUCAUUGUGACCCCGCAGACUUAUUUUAUAACACCUUCCCUCAUAAGAACUAACAGUAAAUGGUACCAUCUGGAUGAGAGGAUACCUGACAGGUCUCAGUGUACCUCUCCACAGCAAGGAACUAUAACUCCUUCCACCUCGGGCUGUGUCAGAGAUCGAACGUUACCUAAAAACCACUGCGACUCUUGCCAUUGUUGCAGAGAAGACAUGCAUAGCAUGCAUGCAUCGACUCUACAGAGGAAAUCAACAAAAGACUGCAAAGACUCUUAUUGCCCUCCUUCUCUUUGCCAGGUGCCACCCACUGAAAAAAGUAAAAGUACUGUAAAUUUUUCUUACAAAACAGAGACACUUUCAAAGCCUAAAGAUGGAGAAAAGCAGUCUAAAAAGUUUGGGCUAAAAUUGUUUCGACUGAGUUUCAAAAAAGAUAAGACAAAACAGCUGGCCAAUUUUUCUGCCCAGUUUCCUCCUGAGGAAUGGCCUUUACGGGAUGAAGAUACUCCUACCACUAUACCUAGGGAGGUAGAAAUGGAGAUUAUUAGGCGUAUCAAUCCUGAUCUGACUGUGGAAAAUGUCAUGAGGCACACUGCACUAAUGAAGAAGCUUGAAGAAGAAAAAGCUCAAAGGAGCAAGGCUGGAUCAUCAGCUCACCAUAGCGGGAGAAGCAAAAAAAGUAGAAGUCAUAGAAAAUCUCACGGAAAAUCUCGGUCGCACAGCAAAACUCGAGUCUCUAAAGGAGAUCCUUCAGAGGGUUCCCAUUUAGAUGUGCCAGGUGAAAGGGAAUAUGAUUUCUAUGAUCCUCUCAUGAGGUCCCCAAGGGAAGGCUGCUACAUAAUAGAACACAAAAGGGACAACUUUAUCAUGCACAGCAGUCCUAAUGUUCUUGAGUCUCAUUUUCCUAUGACACCUGAAUGGGAUGUAUCUGGUGAAUUGGCCAAAAGGAGAACAGAAAUGCCUUUUCCUGAACCUUCAAGAGGAAGCUCCCAUUCUAAGGUCCAUCGAAGCCACAGCCACACACAGGACCGAAGAUCAAGAAAUGAGAGAUCCAAUAAAGCCAAGGAACGAUCUCGAUCUAUGGAUAACUCAAAAGGACCUUUGGGGACUGCUUCUUUAGGUACCCCUGAAGACAUAGCUGAAGCUUGCAGCCAAGAUGACCAAACAACUAGUCAAACAUAUAUAGAUGAUAGUACCUUAAGGCCUUCACAAUCACUUAGUCAUCAAAGGGCUCUUCUGUCAUCUGUAAAUUACAAAGAGGUAAUUAAACCUGAAAAGACUGUUGGUGGUGCAGAAACUCCUAUUUCCUGUACCUUGUUAGAACAAAGCAAACCAACGGAGAACUUACCACCUUAUAACGAACUCAGUUCUUGUACAACAAAAUCAGCCAUUGAUGAUUAUUUUCAGUGUAAUACUUCCAGUGAAACAGUACUCACAGCUCCUUCACCUUUAGGAAAGAACAAAGAUGACAGUGACCCAGUGACUUUGGCAGACAGUACAAAAAAAGUCUCUCCCUCAGAAAGACAGUCACAGCACUUAGCUAGAGAACCAGGAGUCCAUAGAGAGGAGUCACCUAAAGGGCCAAGUAAUAAUAGUGGGCCAAUCGCUGCAAGUCAGACAGCUGAAGUAAUUACAAAUGGUCGACUAGCUCAACAUCACAGCACAGAGUCCAGUAGCCUUGAUAAGAGGAAAGAAAUAUUUAGUAAAGACACGCUUUUUAAGCCUCUCCACAGUACUCUAUCUGUCAACAGUUUUCACAAACCUAAUGUGCCACACUUAAAAUCUCAUCAAAAGACACCUUCUGAAACUUUGCCAAGCAGAUGUGAUAAACUUGAACAAGCUAUGGUAACCUCAGUCACACAAGUCAUACCAAUUUCCCAGAGGCAGCAAGAAACAGCUGGAAACCAAGAAGCAGCUUUUGAUUAUUACAAUGUGUCUGAUGAUGAUGAUUCUGAGGAAGGGACUAAUAAGAAUACAGAGGAAGAGAAGAAUCGGGAUGAUGUGGGCACUAUGCAAUGGCUUCUUGAGCGAGAAAAGGAAAGAGACUUGCAAAGGAAGUUUGAAAAGAAUCUCACUCUACUUGCUCCAAAGGAAACUGAAAACAGCAACAGCCAGAGAGCCACACAUUCAGCAAGGCUGGACAGCAUGGACAGUAGUAGCAUCACAGUAGAUAGUGGAUUCAAUUCUCCACGUACCCGUGAGAGCUAGCUUCCAUUACUUCAAGCAUUGUGAAAGCAACAGACGCCAAAAAAAAUCCAGCUC